UAAAUUAAGACCUCUUCGGUUGGAGGCGAAGGCCCUACUCUGAUUCUAUAAGACCAACCUUCUUCUGGCUUUCAUGUCGGUGGCCGCGCGCUGAUGUCGACCUCGCCCACGCCGCGGCGCUUUUUGGCCCCGUUCGCCCGCCAAAGAUCUAGCAUUUGGAUCGCUCCUUCGCGUCGUUGCGGCCGGGGAAUGCUGGAUUUCUUGUGUCUUUUUGUUCGAGUUACCAUCGGGAUGUAGGUGCAGGGUUUUUCGUUCUUGAGAGUUUUUGGGUGGAGAAGACGCGGGAGUUUGGAGCUCGGAGAUUGUUUGAGCUACGUUUGGUGGUUAUUUGGCAGAAUGUGGUGGAGCAAGGCAAAGAUCUGCGUGUGUUUUUUUCAUGGGUUGUAACGAUUUGGUGGUUUGGGGUUUUAGAAAAGUGAAAUCUGAGUUUUUGGGGUUGGUGGAUUUAUAUUGUUGUUUGUAGAACGAUUAAUUCUGAGAUGUUUUGGUGUAGAUGGAGAAGAAAAUGUUGAGUAUGGUGGAAGGCGUUUGAGCUUUAGUUGGUUUUCUGAUUGAUAUGUAGUGGCAUUCAGUGUUAUCUUUGAUUAUUUAGGUUUCAGAUGUGAAAGAGUUUGCGUAUUUUGUGUUAAAAAAAAUUGUAGCUUUUCAUCAACUCCAUGUGCAAAUCUAGGAGCUGUCAUUGAUUUUGGGGAAGAAAGGUGCUUUUAGGAUAGGUGGGUGGGCUUUUGAUCUGAAAUGCCGAGCAUUAGAGCUCCGGCCUCGCAACAGACUGCAACACUCUUGGUGGCGGUCAAAUGCAGGCCAUUGACGGAGAUAGAACGCCAGCGGAGUCGUCAUAUUAUUCAAGUAACUGAUGACAAGAAUUUAGUCAUUUUGGACCCUGACCUGUCAAAGGACUACCUUGAACGCAUUCAAAAUCGGAGCAAAGAGAGAAGAUACAGUUUUGAUCACGUAUUUGCACCUGGCUGCACAAAUGCGGAUGUAUAUAGGAAUAUCUCAUCUACCAUCUUUGGGGUCAUUCAAGGUCUUAAUGCAACAGUAUUUGCAUAUGGUUCAACAGGAAGUGGGAAAACAUACACGAUGGUUGGGACCCGUAAAGACCCUGGACUAAUGGUUCUUAGCUUUCACACAAUUUUUGAUCUUAUCAAGAAGGAUGAGAGCUCAGACAUCUUUGAAGUCUCUUGUUCCUAUCUUGAAGUGUACAAUGAAGUUAUCUAUGAUCUGCUUGAAAAGUCAUCAGGACAUUUGGAGCUUAGAGAAGAUCCGGAACAUGGAAUAGUAGUUGCUGGUUUGAGAAGAAUUAAGGUCCAAUCAGCAGAUAAGAUUCUUGAACUUUUGAAUGUUGGAAAUAAUAGGCGCAAAACAGAAACCACUGAAGCAAAUGCAACCUCGUCACGUUCGCAUGCUGUACUGGAGAUUACUGUGAAGAGAAAACAGAAAAACCAAUAUAAGAGUCAAAUUCUCUGUGGAAAACUUGCAUUAGUUGAUCUUGCUGGCAGUGAAAGGGCUUCUGAAACACGCAGUGGAGGGCAAAAGCUUAGAGAUGGAGCCAAUAUUAACCGUUCACUCCUUGCUUUGGCAAAUUGCAUCAAUGCCCUUGGCAAACAACAGAAAAAGGGACUUGCAUAUGUUCCGUAUCGCAACAGUAAGUUAACCCGCAUUCUAAAGGAUGGACUCAGUGGUAAUUCUCAAACAGUCAUGGUUGCUACAAUAUCACCUGCUGAUGAUCAAUAUCAUCACACUGUGAAUACCCUGAAAUAUGCGGACCGAGCUAAAGAGAUCAAAACACAUGUUCAUAAAAAUAUUGGGACUGUUGAUACUCAUGUGGCAGACUACCAAAGGAUGAUUGAAAAUCUUCAGGUUGAAGUUUGUCAUCUAAGAAAGGAACUAGCAGAUAAGGAGUCCCAGUUGACUACAAAACCUGCUGAAAAAGCUGCAGAUGAUGAGCUAUCAUGGUUGAAUAUUUUAAGCCGUGAAACUAAUGAAAAUGUUCAGGAGCGCAUUAAUCUACAGAAGGCUCUCUUUGAGCUUGAGGAAACUAACAUACGCAACCGCAUUGAGCUCCAACAUCUUGAUGAUGCGAUUGCUAAACAGGAGGUUGUUGAGAAGGAUGGAACAGUUGUACAAGCUCUAAGAUCUAGAAGACAAGUUAUUCUUGAUAACAUUCGGGAUAAUGAUGAGGCUGGCGCUGGUUACAAGAAGGACAUUGAGAUAAAUGAGAAGCACCAGCGCCAGCUUCAGAACAUGAUUGAGGAAGCCAUAAGUAACAAUGGCAACAGAACAUAUUUACAUAUUCUCAGUCAAUACAGACUCCUAGGGAUGGCAAAUACUGAGCUUCAAUUUGAAAUGGCCAUGCGGGAUCAAGUUAUACAUAACCAAAGAGAAGCACUUAGGAACCUGUGGAACAUGCUUUUGGGUUUGGGGCUUGAGCAGAAACAGAUAAUGGAUCUGGCUGCUAGACAAGGGAUAGUGAUAGAAGACUGCACUACUCCCUAUGCAAAUUCUGUUGUCACCAAGCAGCCACCAUUUUUAUCUCACUACAGAUUCUCACCGUCAGUUGCAUACCCUGGUCUCAACGUACAACCAUAUGUUUCUACUUGUUUCUUCCAGCAUCACCAAGGUUUCAGCUCGAUGGCUUAUCUUGGGGGUCAGCAUGACACUCCUACAGUAUGUAGACAGGAACAUCUCAGCUCUUAUUACUUGCUGUCUCCCAGUUAUUCUCAAGCUGGACGUUCUGGGAUGGACAGUCCAUGGGCAGGUGGAAGACCAGGUGCAUGCUUUCAUACUGAAAGCGUUCCGCAAGAAGCAUGCAGCUUCUACUCGGCGAUGAGAGCGGCGCUGUGUCCAUGCAGUAAGGAGCAAUUCACACCGGCUUCCUGUGAAGACUAUGGUCAGCAGCUGAAGGAAUCAUGGGCUGCAAACAGCCAAGACGCGUGGGAAGUUCGUUCUGUUGCGGUCAACAACAGCAGGCACUUGCACGAAGAAUUAAUGAGGAACAGUGGGACAAACUGUAGUGUAUAUCAGAACUCUUCUGCCGAGAUCAAAGGCACUGGUAUUCCUGAAUCUCGUCAUCUUUGUUCACCCUAUGGAACUGCACCAAGGGCUUUCAAUCUGUCUGGGUCAUGAAGUGUUCCAUCCUACAGUUUUGUUUUUGGUUGCAAGUAAUUAUCUUCCACCCUUUUGUACAGUGUUUGUGAUCAAAGCAGAGCCACUUCUGAUGUACCCAAAAAAGAAAAAGAAAAAAAAAAGGAAAAAUAGUAAAGCUAAUUAGCCCCU